AUGGGCUCGCAACAAAAAGAUAUGUACGAUGGACAGUUUAACAACAUCCUGAAUUUUCGUGAUGUUGGCAAAACGAUCAAUGAUUUCCUAGGACAAAAAACAGAACACGAUAAGCAAGCAAAAAAGCGGGCAAUGGAUAUUCGUGAUCCUCGCAUUGUAAAUUUAAACAGCGCGCUGAAGGAGCCAAUGAAGAUACCGGGUAUUGAGUACAUCGAGAUCAAUGUGAAUGGGAAAGGGUUUGAGAGAAGUUUAGUAUGGCAAUUAUCACCUUAUAGUCUUAUGAAAUUGAUCGGUCUGAUGGGCUUGGGUUACCGGCUGGAGGCCAUCGGCAUUCUAGGCCGACAGGUCUUGCAACCUCGAGGACUUAUAGGAUUGAGUUUCGACACGAUUCAUCAUUGUGGUCCGGAACUCGCCUCGGUUCUUAGGACAUACUGUUCUCCGUCAAAUUAUCCAAUUCUCGCCCAUUGUACGCAAGGAAAAGAUCGCACAGGACUCACUAUCGUUUUAGUCCUAUUUAUCCUCGAGAUACCCAUAGAAGCCAUCUCACAUGACUAUCUUAUGAGUGAGGAGAAAUUACUUCCCGAAAGGGAGAGCCGUUUGAAGGAAAUCCACGAGAUUGGUCUAAGUGACGAUUUCGCUGGAUGUCCUGUUGAUUUCGUCGAAAAGACUUAUGAGUAUCUGAAAAACUCAUAUGGUAGUGUUGAGAACUAUCUGACAACGAUCGGCUUUACGGAGGAUGAAAGAACAGCUCUCGUGCGGGAAUUGAUGGUAUAG